UUACAAAAUUCCAGAGUAUGGGUGGCGUUGUGAUCUUUAAAUAUUGGUCACUGACAGUUUAUUGUCAUUGUCACCGACAGUUUUUUGUGAUAAACUCCCUUUGCAUAUUCAAGGAUGAACAAAAUAAUGAAGUGUGAGUGAUGACUUUGGCAGGCAUCUGAGUGUUCAUUGGCUAAAAAUUGCCAGAUAACCCUCAAAACCCCUUCUUAAGUGGAGCAAGUGCUGACAUAGAAACAACAAAAUUUGGUCUAGUGCUCUUUCCACUGACUUUGUGGGUUUUCUUGUGUACCCACCAACUAUGUUGAUCCUACUUGCUAGUUGGUAAUCCAGUCAUCUUUUUCUAUAAAGCCCAUGGAGUUGCAAAGAGUUUGAGCUACACACACACACACACAGCAGUAAAAGAAAUGGAAGCUCCAAAGAAGUACAUUUGUGUUCUGGGGUUUCUUUUGUUUCUAGGCAUUGCAGAGCUUGGAGGGGUUAAUGGGGCUGGUGAAUGUGGAAAGGCUUCUCCAGACACAGAAGCUUUCAAGUUGAUUCCUUGUGCAUCAGCAGCAAAGGAUGAAAAUGCUACACCUUCUAGUGCUUGCUGCCUUCAGGUGAAGAAGUUGGGCCAGAACCCUGGAUGCCUUUGCGCUGUUAUGCUUUCCAACACUGCUAAAAACUCUGGAGUCAACCCUGAAAUUGCCAUAACCAUUCCCAAACGCUGCAACCUCUCUGACCGUCCUGUUGGCUAUAAGUGUGGAGGUUUGUUAUAUCCAAUAACAUCCGUCUCUUAAUCACCCUUAUAUUUA